AUUUGUUGUCAAGGAUGUGAACAGCAUCCAAUCCAGUCACUGCACUGAGUAUCUGACUGUAUAUAACUGGGCUUCUUACACCUUUCGUCAGUCGACUUCACUGAUCAAGACUGCUGAAACAGAACAUAUUAUCAGAAAUGCUGAUCAUUCUCGGUCUUCUGGUUCUGACCGCAUCAUGCUAUGGACAGUCGUGGACCAAAGUGCCGGGAGCCUUGACCCAGGUGUCAAUCGGUGGAGCAGGCGUGUGGGGGGUUAACGCUGGCAGUAACAUCUACUAUCGUCAGGGUACGUACAGGAAUCCAAGUACCACAGGCACAGCAUGGACGCUAAUCUCUGGAGGCCUGAAACAGGUCGACGUCGGCAAAGACAUCGUCGUUGGCGUCAACAACAACGAUGAGAUCUUUUACAGAUAUGGUGUCACAAACAAUCUACCCUCUGGGUCGAGCUGGGUCAAACUGAGUGGCGCUCUGAAACACGUGACUGUGUCCCCCCGUGGCUCCAUCUGGGGAGUGAACUCUGCGGAUCAGAUUUAUUUUAGGACCGGCAUUGAUCGGACCAAUCCAGCGGGAACUGGCUGGCAACAGGUUGAUGGGGCUUUGAAGCAGAUUUCCGUAGGACCGUCUGGUGUGUGGGGCGUCAACGCUAACGACGACAUUUUUUACCGAGAUGGAACUUACGGCGGAGGCAUUACUGCGGGCAGUCGAUGGACCAAUGUGCAAGGAAAACUUAAGUACAUCACUUCCGGUUCAGGAGUGGUGCUUGGCGUCAACAGCCAAAACCAGAUCUUUCGCAGAACCGGAGUCAGUCAAACGAAUCCCACAGGAACUGCAUGGGCUCUGCUGACUGGAGGACUGACCGUGAUUGAUGAGUAUGGUGGUACCCUGUGGGGGGUUAACAGUGGACAGGAGAUCUUUACAUCGCCAACCAACUAACAUGUCACCACCAGCAACAACCUCUGAGGUCCAGAUCCAGAUUUGCUUUCUAUUUGACAAUUUUAACUUCUUUCGAUGCUGUAUUAUCAGUUUAGAUAUGUGGCCAGUACUGAUCGUCUGCUACAUCAUCAGUUUGGUUCUCUGGCCAAUGCCGAUCAUCUGGGCUGACUUCCCGGGUGCACCAGGUGACAAAUGUUUCCACAAAAGCCGUCGCUUUGUGGGGAGGUCAUUGUAACCCCGAUGCUUUAUUCUUCUAUUCUCAUUCUACCACGCCGGUAUCAUUCAGUGGUGGUCUUCAGGACGGGGUCAGACGUAAG